AUGGCGGACACUAAUAAGUUGAAGCUGAAGAGCUCAGACGGUAUUGUUUUCGAAGUAGACCAAGAGGUAGCCCUUCAAAGCGUCACAGUGAAGAAUAUGAUUGCAAAUGCCGAUGUGCCUUCUUCCAGCGAGCCCAUUUCUUUGCCAAACGUCUCUGGGUGUAUCCUGGUAAAGGUGAUUCUCUACUGCAAAUAUCACGUGGAUGCGAAGAAGCCUGGCACGGCGGAGAAGCCUGCAGUGACGGACGACGAGGUGAAGGCGUGGGAUCAAGAGUUUGUGAAAGUCGAUACAACUACCCUCUUCGACCUGAUAUCGGCUGCGAAAUAUCUGGACAUCGACGGUCUGCUGACGCUUACAUGCGAUACUGUUGCUGGCAUGAUUCGAGGAAAGACGCCAGAGGAGAUCCGCAGGACGUUCAACAUAGACAACUCAUACACUCCAGAAGAAGAGGAAGAAAUUCGCCGCGUGAGAUAG